AUGUCUUUGGAAUCUACAUGGACAAGGACUGGAGCUGAUGACAUGGACCUCGAAACGUCCGAGGACUGUCUCAGCAAUGGUGUCUCUGUAGCUCCCCGGGACUACCCGGCGACCAGCAACGAUGGCAUGUCCGACUUCUCCAAUAGUGACAUCUCACUCCCCGAAGUCUGCGUCACGACCAACUUUGAGGAGAACAUGAGCCACGAGGUCCAGCAAGCCUACAGGAUCUUUUCUUGCUUUCUCCUGGACAAACACAAGGCAGUUGCCGGCCUGUUCCUCCAUGCCGUCGGGCAUCAGGAGGCCCAGUGCGGCGUCGGUGGCGUCUGCGCUCCAGGUCAGGCGAGGCUUAAACAGUCUAUGUGCUUGCGGAGCAUGGAGGAGAAGUUUGUCAACCAGGAGUAUCAGAGCAUAACGGAGUUUGUGGCUGACUUCAGGCUAAUGUUAGAGAACUGCUACCGCUACCAUGGCGUGGACCACUGGCUGUCUAAACAGGCUCAAAAGAUGGAGAUUAUGCUUGAGCAGAAGCUCACACUCCUGUCCAGAACUCUUCGUGAGAAAACUACGUUGGCAGUGACCUCCAAAGGACGUUUUGGCUCAGAGGAGGAAAGAGCUCAGGGGGGAACCUCAACAAGGAGGCGAAUGUCAUCUCGAAGUCUGGCGACCAUCACAGUUGGUGGGCAUGAGUCUGUCAUGGUGCAGACCCUCAGGUUGGAAGAGCAACAGAGGGCCAAGGAAGAAAAGAGGCAACGUGAUUUGGAGAAAAAAGAAGCUGAGGAAAUUUCAGCCAAAGCAAUUGAAGAGUGGGAGCAGACUUUGCUUUUGCAGGCAUCACCUUACACUGUCGACACCUUGUGGGAAAUCCCUGCUGUAGGCCACUUUCUAUGCCUGGCCCAAACAGUUCUAAACCUUCCUGAGAUUGUCUUCUUUGAGCUGGAGCGCUGUUUGCUGAUGCCUCGCUGCAGCAGCCUGCUUUCCAAGAUAAUGUCAUCCCUCCUUUCCCCAUGGCAGCGACGGGCUACCUUGCACCGCCGUCCUGCUCUGCCGUACCGCCGCUGGGAGGCGGAGCUCAGGCUGCGGAUCAAAAGCUGGUACCGGAGCAUCGGUUGCGCCAGAGAUCAACCGGCUCGGGCCGAGCAACUUGGACUUUGUCACCAAUUUUUCUACAACCUUGGCAAGACGAGUCCCUUGGAGGAGAAGCCGUUUCACUCGCUGCCCUUCCGCCAGCGAGUGUGGCUUCUCAAGGGCUUGUGCGACCACGUGUACGAGACUCAAAAGGACGUUCAGGAUGCCGUGCUGGCUCAACCCAUACACGAGUGCAGGGAGUCUAUUUUGGGCUACGACAGCAGGGACAACGCCUACAUACAUUUCCCUCACUUUUGCGGCGCAGACUUGCGGAUCUACUGCCAGAGCCCCUGCACCCCACCUGCUUUUCCUUUCCCUUCAUCGUUGGUGAGACGGCUUGAAGAAUACGCUGAAGAUUCUGACGCGCUCAAGGACAAGGACGGAAAUCCUGGAAGCGCUAUGUACGUUAAUACCUCUGGUGAUUUAGUGAAGACAUUGAAGUAUUUUACAGGGGAAAAUGGGGAUGGAAAGAAACACAAAGAAAGUGUCAGGUUCUGGCCGGCGAAGAAAGAGGAUGAGAGGUGUGAGUCAGAGUCGUCGGAUGGACACUCCAGUGAUGAGUCAAGCCAAAAUUGUCGUACUCGCUCCUUUGUUUCAAGAGGAUGCAUUAAACAAGAAACUAUAGAGUUGGACUAUCGAUCCACAACACUAGAAAAGGGACGGUCCAAGGGCUCAGUAUGUACUAUUAAAGAAGAGACUCAAGAUCCUUGUCUGAAUGUAGGGGAACACACGUAUACGGGUAGGUCACCUGCUCGCUCUGCGGGUGCCGCUUGCUUACCAAGCAAGCACCUCGGUAUCAAUAUGCAGGGAGUGAACCUGAGUACAGGACACCACCAAAUAGCUUCUUGUUUUAAAUGUAGCAGAAUUUUUAAAUUGGGGCGGCGAGGCUGCAGUUGUUCUUCUAGGGUCCAUGCACAAAACACUAGCAAAGAAGAAAAAUUCCCUGAUAGAAUGUCUAAAAAUAAAUAAAUAAAUCAUAAAUGCACGAAAAAGUGAGGCAAGAACCAAUUGCGACACCAGGAAAACAUUCAGGAAUUACGACAAACAUCCAGAUAUAAGAUAAAACGAAAAAGUAUUAAGAAAAGAAAAAAGGUUGAAUCUGCAAAGAAAAUUAAAGCUGAGACUUCCGUUGAGCCGUCAUUCAAGCUGGUUUGCACCAGUCUGCAAGAAUUGCGAGAUCUUAUCAGCAAAACAGAGGACGAGCUUGAUGACUUGGAGAGCACAAAAAAAAAAUUGGAUCGAUGGUACUUGAGAAAAGAAGCUGUGAAAGACCUCCACAGCACUCUAAUCAGACUAUUGAAUGAGUUGUCACCCUGGGAACCAAAACUUUUGAAAGCAUACCACAGAAAUAGGCUUCGAUUGAAGAAGGAGUUUGACGAAUUCAAGAAGCAUAAGGAGUACAGUAACUUUGUACGAGAGGAGUGUGUGUCAUCAUCGUCAUCAUCAGACAAUGAAGAUAUGUCUUUGCUGGAUCACCAACAGAGAUCAGAAGAUGAACUGGAACAUGUGGUUCCCAGACAUCUUUUGACUGGAGCAAGCACCAGGGACUAUGACAAUGAAUCUGUUGGCGAGAGGUCACCAAGGUUUGCAAUCACAAAUCACGAAAAACAUCCGGAAACUGCUGAACAACAGCAGACUGACGGUACUAAUACUGCUUUUGCCCUGGACAGUGGUCCGAAGUCUAAAUGUGAAAUGGUUCAGUCCAACAAUGACUGCAAUGAGGGAAUGCCAAUUGACGCUUCGUCGAUAUCCAAACUUCAUCUAGUCCACCCCACCACAGGACAGCCCAAACGUUACACGGCCAUUCCCACCCUGUUUGCUAAAAGUGUGGGCAACAAAGUGACCUUAAUGAAACUGCCUGUCGAUUACUCAGCGGUGGACAACCCUGAUAGACAAAGCUUGCGAUGUUCAAGCUCCCAGCCUACUACUACAGUGGGGAACACAAAACUACAAACACAAACCUAUCAGUCCACCUCAGAACAAAACUCGCUACAUAUGGAAGGAGAAUGUGCAAUUAAACAACUGGAAAUCGACACAGUGGCAGCAACUCCUAUUAUGACAUGUUUGGCUAAGCAAUGCCAGACUUUAUUGCAGAAUCCUCUCCAAGUGAUAUCUAACGAUCCAAAGGGCAGGGAACAACUUUUCAGGAAAGAGAGAAGCAAUCUAGCAACAACAACUGAGCAACCUUUUUUGGACAGAAACAGACAGGAGAUCAUCAUGCAACAGGUGGUGAAUCUGCCUUCCAUACAUGUCAUUCACAAAUCCGAGGAGCACCAGUCAAAGGGAACCAUUUGCUUGUCAACUAGUGUACCUGGCUUCACCAUCCCUGACCACAUUCAGCAAGUGGGUCCACUGAAGAAGACCCCUACCCUUUCCCCCUCUCCUCGUCAGCAGUACAGCACCCAGUUUACGCAGCCUUCCCAAUCAAGCGCUUCACAUAGUGUACAUCAAAAUCCUUCAUCUAUCGUAUCCACUUUGGCCGCUGCUCUCCCCCCUAAACCUACAGACGAUAAACAAGAACUUAAGACUAUAUGCAUACGUGAUUCACAGUCCAUCCUCGUGACAACAAGGGGAGGCAACACUGGAAUUGUCAAAGUCCAGACGUCAGCUGCCCAGAAUCCACUGGAUAAUUUACCCACCAGUCCCAUCAUUACAAUUUCACCUCAAUUUAAAGCUUUCCUUGUAUCCAAGAGUGCAGAGGCCUCUUCGGUCCCCUUUCAGAAGAAACCGUGUCCCACCACAACGGUGGCCAGUGUCUCUGUCGCCCAAUCACAUAACCAGAUUUGUCCAACAUUAAAGUCCUCUGCAAUCACAAAGCCUACAGAUCCAAAAUGCUUGACUUCGAAAACAUCUGUUGACAUGGUUCCAGGAUCCAACAGUUCGGAUGAUUCUACAGUUUCUAGAAUCGUUUACAACCCAGCACAGACAUUAGCUACCCAUUCUCUUGGAAUAAAAAGUACUGCUGAUGGUAUUGGACAAGCCGGUGUUAUCAGUCGGACUGGUUUGAAGCGGCGCAGUACAGAUGAGCAGUCUAAGGUGGCGAAAUGUAUCCUGGUUGCCAACUCCUCAUCCUGUGCCUCUACUCUUUCUGUUCCAAAAGAUGAAUCCUCUACAAAGCAGCCUCUUGGAUCAAGAUUGAUAGUCAUUAACAAACACUCUUCAAAAGCACCCUGUGCUUUAGUGGGAAGUGGCCUAAAUCAAGCCACAGCAUCAGGAACUGAAGGACAACAGCUAACUAUGGCAUUAUCAACUCAAUCUUUGAAGAUGGAAUUAAGCCCUGGUGUUGACUCAAAAGUGCUAUUGAAACAAACGAGUAGCACUCUCCCACCAGGUCUUCAGAUCCAGGUGUCAGGGAUGACAACAGCCACUGGACACUCAAUCGGCACCCAGUCACAUUGCACUUUCAAAAAGACAUCACAAUCUAUCACAGAUACAGUGCAUUCACCAGUUUCUACAGAACAACCAGCCUCAUUUACAAAGUCAAAUACUGUCACAAGAAAUCUUGGCCAGGUUGUUACCAAUGCCUCUUAUACCAGAUCCUCUAAACCAUCUACUUUCACAAUAGGGUCACAAUUAGGCUCUUUCACAACUAAUACUACAGCAGGUAUGUCCACAUGUGUAUUGGCCGGCCGCUCUCCUGCUCAGGUAACCUCUCCUGUGCAUGUCAACCCAAACCCAACCUCCACGGCUACACUUGUUCAUUAUCCCUCACAGCUAUUGGCUAAAGAAACUACACCAAUCAUAUCGACAUCUCAGAAAGCUCCCAAUAAAACCGAACCGUACAUGUCCUCAGCUACCAACACCAGUACACAAUCCAUGGGCCCUACCAUUGGGGUUAACAAUGCCCAGCAGAGGAUAGUCAUCAGUACAUCAAAGCCUCUAGCAGCUGGCACACAGAUACUUCUCAAUAACACCUGUUUUAUAGUUCCUCCCCAGGGCUUAGCUCCAGGUAGCCAUGUGCUCAUCAUCUCUAGUCCUUCGCCACAGAAAGUGCCUAAUGCCAGUGGUAGCUGCAUUGGGUCGGCAGUGCCUAUGCAAGGAGUGAGUCAGGGUCCAACAACCCCUCAAGGACAAUUUUUAACCGGGUCCCAAACUAGGUUGCCUGGUGUCCCAGGUGUGAUUUCACCUUUUGCAGGUUGCAUACCUGUUGUUCCAAAAAAUGUCCAGGGACCAUCUCAGUUAUCACCUAAAAUGAAUCUUGUUUCUGCUUCGGGCUUACAUGUUUGUUCCUCUGCGUUACCUGUGCUAAGCAACCCCCCUCAGUUAGCCAAACGAGCGGCCCACGUUCCUUCGGUCAUUACCAGUGGCCUUGGUCUUGAUCAUUCUUCUACUGUUAGGUUGGCUACUGGUACGCCACUUCCUGCUGAAUGUUCCAAUACCGUUUCACCUGUUGACGUACCUGCCCUUUCCCGAUUGCCUGCACCAUUGUCAACUUUGCCGAGCCCGAUCUCUAUUCCCCACUCCCUUUCAAAGGUUUCAGCAACAACCAGAGGCUCGUGUAUACAGCCGCCCCUGAAAUCUAAAAUUACAGCACCCUUUGUUGCACAUCUGGGCCUUGGCAUAACCACAGUUUCUCAGCAGGCAGCGUCAGUCAUUCAAGUGUCUGCAGAUUCAUUAACCUCAUCAGUACAGAACCUACCCACCUCAACAGUUACACAAACUGAAAGCGCCACAGACGUUAAGCAACGGGCAUAUGUACUUACCUUAUCGCCACCCUCUAACACAUUUCAACCAAUCACACAGUUGACCACAAACCCCAUUCACCAGCCAGAUGCCCUAUCCAAUCAGACACUUGUUAAACCUACUUUGCAGAAAUUCCACCUCGGGAUGGCAAACCAUGUAACAAAUAAGCUCAUCAUCAGUCCCAGUGCCAUUUUGAGUUCGGUGCAGUGCCAGGCUAAAGCAGCUGAACCGAAUGUCUACCCUAAACAGACUGCGCUGAUUCUCACCCCCAAAAGUUCUAAUGGAGCUUUGCAUCACCAGCCAACACCAAGUCAACCAAAUAACUGA